AUGGCGGACCCCCUUAGCAUCACCGCUAGCGUACUAGCAGUUGUUACUGCUACGAUCCAGAGCGCCCAGUUUGUCGUUACUUCGAUUGAUAAUAUCAAAAGCGUCCCAGAUACGGUCAAGGAUGUAAGAAACGAGUUGACCGCUCUCGACGAUGUCCUCCACCAUUUACAGCGGCUCCCUAUAUUAGCCGCGCAAACUACAACUCCAAGCCUAUUAGCCAGUCCAAGCAUUACGCGUAGCCUCGAAAACUGCGAAGGCGCAUGCAAACGCUUCGGUGAAUGGUUGAACCACAAGAUGCGACACUCCACUAAGGACAAGACGUCUAAGAUUGACAGGUCAAGUGUCGGAUUGUUCGGCUUGAGGAAGAUUGAUGCCUUUAGGGGCCAUAUAGAUAGCUGUAAACUCACACUUCUCCUUGCGCUCACAACUGUGACAAUACUCUCCCAGCCAACAUUUACACCAGCCAUGAAGUCCAACAAGGCCAAACAAUUAGAAGAGCAUGAGAAAGAUAUCGAAAGACAAAUUGUCGUGGCAAAAAGGACUGAAGCCAAGAUUGAGGAAGAGAUCAGGCAGCUAUCUGUAGCUCCAGUCAUCGCAAGCGACAAUGCGGAGCAGGAGCAGCAGGAGCUCUCUCAAUCAAACGAUGAAGAGUUCAACGAAGCAGAAAGGGAGCUAAUGAGCGAACUCAAGCAUCAAAGGUCUUCAAAUCAAACAUAUUGUCAGCUUAGCGAAGACGCCCUCGGCAAGACAAUGUCCCAACGUACCGGAACCAAGGUGUCGAUAAGAGGAGUUACAGUGACAGAACAGGGACUCAUAAUCAACGGCGUCAUAUUGGAAACAGGUGAAGAGCUAAAUAUUCAGCUGGAGAUCUUAGAAAUCACUGUUAAAGACCAGGGGAUCGCGGUAAAUGUGGUUGCAGACAAACUAGACCUCAACACAAUCCUUGCUGCGCGUAACGAAGCGGUGAGACUUCAUGCAGGAGACAAAACACUUGUCGAAGGUAAGAGGAGUGGACAUGUUCUUGGUUCUCAAACAACUACAGAGAGCGCUGGACUAGCUAUGGUUCAGUCGCCUAAUGAGCAGGCCAAGGCUAGCCGCAUACUACGCUUCCCUUAG